AAACCGCAAACAUCGCGAACGCCUCGAAAUAAAAUCGCCUGACUUUUAAACUCGCGCGGAAGUGAAGUGCAGCCAAGGAUCAAUCGCCCAUAUCCUUGAUAAGGUGCGAGUGUUCAACUCCCCUGUUUUUCAGGGUUCUUAAAACAAAAAACCCAUUGGUUUUUAUUUGCAGCCUUCGGAAUAUACACUUCAUUUGGAUACAUCAAAUAAUUGAGUUCUAAACAAAAGUGAAGAUGCCUUACCACCGACUGAGUAUUCUGGGGCUGUUGCUACUUUCUUCGGCUAUUUGUGCCCAACCGGAUGUGGGUUAUCAUUACAACAGGCCCACGAGACCCACGGCACCUUCGGCUCCUUCGGGACCCGGAAAUGUGUACACGGGUCACCAGUUCAGUGCCCUGCCCACCGUUCAUCCACUGCCACCGAUCCCGGCACUUCCUCCACUUCCCACGGCCAGGGUUCCGAUUCCCAGGAGUCGUCCAACGGUCAUUAGUCACUAUCUGCCGCCCAAGCCAGUGGUUUCCACAUAUAUUCCACCCCCAGCGGCUGCUCCUAUAUCAUCGAUAAGCUUCCAUGGAGCGCCCACUUUCAAGCCCAUCUAUGGACCACCUCCCCCGCCGAGGAUUAGCCAGCCGCUUUCCACUCUGGCCACGCCCAUUGUGGUGCCGCCCACGGGUCCAGCUCCUCUGGUUCCCGAGGGAGGAAAUCUUCGCAUUCCCUUUGGCAAACAGGCACUGAUUUCUCCCGGGGAAUCCUACGUUUCCAAUGGCCGGCAGCUGAAGCAAUAUGCGGUUAUUGAGAUCAUAGACAACGAUAUAGAUGAGACACCGGCUCCGUUCCUCUCGGGAUCCAGUUUCUUCGAUCGGUUUGGAGCACAUGUAGGUGCUCCGUCGGCGGCAGGUGGAAUCCAGAUAGAUUCCCGGGCUAAUUCUUUACUCCUGGAGCAGCAGCAGCUGGCUAUCCAACCAAGAUCCCAGGGAGGACCGCCUGGCGGAGAUGCCAUCGCCUUGGGUUCGGGGGGACUGGGAUUUGUGCGACUGCCGAAUGGUAAUGUCUACCUGGGUUCCGGAUCCCUGGGCUACAUCAGUGGUCAGCAGCGGGUGGCUUCUGUCCUGGAGGCACGCACUCGAUCGGAAACCAACUCGGAUGCCCUGCACUUUGGUCAUGGUCCCCUGGGCGGAGUGGACAACCUGCUGAGAUUUAAGUAGACCUCCUACCCACUCGCACAUCCACACACAUCUCUCUACAUCUAUUAAAAAAUAUAUGUAUAUUUUAUUGUAAAUAUGUAAUUAAAGAACACCUUCUUGUUUGUGUAGACCGUAAGCGCGCUUAAACUAUUCGAGAUUUCUGUACAUUUGUCCUAUGCGAAACAACGAAACUUGAUCAAAUAAAUACAAAUAUGGUUAA